GAAGAAGCACGGACCAAUCGGAGUUGUCCCGUAUCGUUACCAAGGGAACAGCGUAGCGGCGGCGCUGAGGGAAGACGGAGGCUGAGGAGCUAACGCUAGCUCGAUUACGACAAUAAACGGACACAGCAGUUAAAAUCGUUUCGCUUGCCUCGUUUACCGUAAGGUUUUUUUUUACGUUAUUUAAAAAAAAACCAAUAUAUGUAUUUAUUUUUUCCCCUCUCUAGGCCAUUUCGGCCUCGCCGAUAUUGUAGGUACCGAAGCCUGUCUGGUAAUGUUGGUUCUCCGCGUUCGUUCUAACAGGGCUAAAUGAGCGCUAAUGUUUCUGCCCUUCCCCACCGGCUUAAUGUUUGCAGUUUCCCCCCGAAAUCGUUGUUUAAACAAGCCGUCAACGCUCCAUCCUCCGUCCAGCUUUUACGCUGCUCGUCUGAAACCUUAAGCCUUUUAUUCACAGAACAUGGCUAACGCUGUGUUCUGACGACCGAGUUAACGCCAGGGCUAGCGGGCUGUUCUCAAAUCAAGCUAUUAAAUAAGGACACGUUAAGCCACCCUUUAACCUGUCAUCCUUUCGCUGAUGACACAUUUUAACAUCGUCCUGAAAUGUCAACCCUUUUUUUUAUAUAACUGAACAGCCCACAGCCAGCUAACUGCUCCAGGUUUUUGUUUUUUUGUUUUUGUUUUUUUCACCUGGAAUGGCUGAAACGGUGAAACUCAUAGAGAUUGUGUUGGGAGUCUAUUAUCAUCAGGUGGAGUCUGUUCUCGUAGCCGAGCAGAUGUUUCUUGAUGACAACGUUGCAAGAAGACCACAUGGCCAGUGUUGGCAUCACUCAUAGAUGAGAUGCUCUGGAACAAAAGACCGUUUCACGUCCAUAACACUUUUAAGGUCAUGGUUAUCCGAAGGAGUUGAAUCAAGUGCAACUGGACUUGGUAUAUAGCCGUGAAACAUUAAAAGGCGACCCCUCCUCAAUGGAUGUGUGCACCAAGAACUCAAACCGUACAGCUCCGGUAAGCGAGGGUGGUGUGCACAGAGCUGACCUGCCUCUUUGCUCUCGAACCAAUGGUUGGAGUUGGCCUCCUCAUCCGUUCCAGCUCCUGGCUUGGCUUCUAUACCUCUACUUUGCUGUGUCUGCCUUUGGAGUCUUCAUCCCCCUGCUUCCAGUACACUGGAUUCCAGCUGGCUACAUUUGUACAGGCAUCGUGUUUGUAUGUCAUCUGUUUGUCCACCUGAUGGCGGUCUCUGUGGACCCAGCAGACUACAACGUGCGAGCCAAGAGCUCCAAGGGGCCGGUUCCUGUCUUUGACCGCUCCAAACAUGCCCAUGUCAUCGAGAACUGCCACUGCUAUCUCUGCCAGGUGGAUGUGGGGCCCAAGUCUAAACACUGCAGUGCCUGUAACAAGUGUGUUGCCAACUUCGACCAUCAUUGUAGAUGGCUCAACAACUGUGUUGGAAGUAGGAAUUACAAGCUCUUUCUCUACAGUGUGAUAUCUGCCCUGCUGGGGAUCUGUGUGGUUCUCACCAUUGCCACCUACGUCUUUAUUGAAUUUUUCCUGGAUCCUUCAAAGCUUCGCACAGACAAACACUUCCAGGUGAGGAAUGAGACAGGGGUUUGGUUCGUCUUCCUUCCUGUUGCACCAAUCAGCACAGUGGGAGCAGCCAUCCCUGCCCUAGCCGGCCUUUCCAUCUCCCUAGGCCUCUCCUCCACUGUCCUCCUUAGUCACCUGUUCUGCUUCCACAUUUACCUCAUGUGGAACAGGCUUAGCACCUAUGAGUACAUUGUGAGACAGCGCCACCGACUGGAGGACAGAGAUGACAGUAAAGGCACAGCAGGGAAUGAGAAUGGUGCCCCUUCAGUCAACCUGCAGGAUGUCGGUUACUCAGGGAAACUGGGCUAUACCAAUGCUGAGAGGGACGUGGAAGACCCUACCACUGUUACUGCACACAGGGGUGACGACCUCCAUGCUAAUGGGAGAGUGAGGAGCACAUCAAGUCACAUUGGGAAGGAGGCUUUGACCACUGUCUCUACAGAGAACAAAACAUCACACAGACGCACACAGAGGAAAAAGCAAAAGGUGCCAGCAGAGGUGUACAAGAAGGUCCACAGGACACAGACAGUCUGCACAGCCCCGCCUGAGCCCAGCAGUUUGACAGCUGCUACGUUGAACCAGCGCCUUCCCUUUCCAGCGUUCCCUCUGAGGGCCUCUUUGCCACCCUUGGCUCCAAGUGUUGGCCCUGUACAGGCUGCAGGGCCGCCUGCUGAAUACCACUCCGACUCUGCAGAGUCCCUGGAUGAAAUCCCUGUGGCUCUGGCCCGACUGGGCUCCUUGUCCUCUACUGCAGCGGGAAACGCUUCUACAUCAUCACAGAAAAAACUCCCAGCAUUCACUGCUGCCAGCCAGCCUCGACCUACUCCCCUGCUCAGGACAAAAAGGAAGGCCUCGUCACAGGAAGGUCGAACCUCCACGCUUAAGUUUGAGAUGUCCUUCACCCAGCCCCCAAAUGUGUUUGUCAGCCGGGCCAGUAGAGGGUCAGCUGAGCCCACAGACCAAGUCUUCAGCCUGGGAGGACGGCAGCAGACUAGCCGCAGGAGCCUGGAGCAGACCUCUAGACCUAGCUGAAGGAGCAGCAGCUCCAUGGCCUAAGUUUGACUCCCCAGAGCUUGACACGGACCAAUAUCGAGAUCGUAGAUCUAUUGUGGAACAUCUGAACUUGUGUCAUGUUAGCUGUGUUCGUCUUGCUUUUUUUCUCCAAAAGAUCACUUGAACUCUUUAUUGUUGAACGAGUCUUUGUUUUACACACACCCUUUGUAUUUCUACUGCAGUUCAUUUGUUGAUUAAUUACAUUGAACGCCAAAGUGAAUAUAUUCUCAACAAACUUUGUAAAUGAGGGGGAAUUUCACACAUUCUCACCAAUUGUGAACCUGUUAACCUUAAGUUCAAUAUGUCCAUUAAAACCCCACCACUUCUCUCUGGUGGUGUAGCCACGAGGCUGCCACGGUGCCAAUAUGUGUGGCUACUCAGAACUCAAAUUCCCAUCAUGCUUUUCUAGUUCACACCUAAUAAAGAUGAGAGAAAUGGACAGAGCCCCCCUGAGAUCCCCUGAUAGAUGACAAAAUACUAAAAUUUCCGCUACACAAUGUGGAGGAGCCAAUCAUGAAACUACCUACACUUUUUCAGUGACUUCCUGUUUGUUCUUGUCUUUACUUUUAGUUUGAGAAGUGGCUCAGUUCUGUUCUCUCUGGAGAACAAGAAUGGGCUGGACAUAGGGUGACUUGAACCCUCACCUUCACACUGUUCUUCUCAGUCCACAGUAGGACCAUCUAAGAUGUGCCAACAAUAAUUCACAAUGUAUGUAAGAAUUUCACCUUAAACUAAACAUUAGAACUUUCCUAGAAAUGCAUCUAAAAUUGUGUUAUGGGUAAACACAAAUCACGUGACCAGUCCCAAAAAAAUGUCUGUCUGAGAUGGCCCUGGUCAGUGAUGUUACUCACAUUUAGAGUACUGAACGAACACAUGCUCUGAACUACUGUCCUCACUCGGGUCCUCUUUCAGCCAUCACGAUGAAUGGUAAAGUGUUUUGAAACUGAAAAUUAACAUCCAGUGAGAUAGUUUACCACCUGGGUGAGUGAAACGAAUUUGCAUGGACAUAUCUGUCUCCCUGGUUCCUCUGUGGUCUCCAUAAGAAAAGUGACAUGUAUGGCGAGCUAUGUCUGUCUAUUUUAGAGUUGUAUUGUAUCGUUUAGCAGAGACUUUUAUCCAAACCGACUUAGAGUCAGCAAUUCCUUGCCUGAAUUUAUUUGACUUAAUAUUUGUUCUACUCUCCAAUCAUCAUUUGAUCACAGUUGAUUCUGAAAAAAUGCCAGUUUUCCCGACAGAUCCGGAUAGCGUCACAAAACGUUUGAACAGAAAGUACAACAUGUGCAUGAACAUCAGCGGAAAUGCUGCCGAGUUAACUGUGAACGGUCAGCAGGUGUUUCAGCACCAUGGCAGCACUGUGCCUCAUGCUCACAAUAGUAGACUAUGGAACCCGGGGGUCCCCUGAUAUCUUUCAAGGGUGCGUUUUUGUAAAUCAAGUGCAUGAGAUGAUAUUUUGUUACCUCAUUUUAAGUGUAUUAUGUGUGUGAGAUAGCCUUAUAGUCAAGACAAAGGGGCCCCAAAACACCAUGACUGUAGCUGUGGUAGUUUACAAUUGUGUGUUCAGUGAUACACAGGGUCUGAUGUUAAAUCCCUUGUGCUGAUAAUAAAGGGACUGCACAGGGA